GGCCAGCUGGGAAAGAUGGCGGCCGAGAGCGAUGUCCAGUGUGAGAUUGAGGUUCUGCAGUCCAUCUAUCUGGAUGAUCUGACCGUCACCCGGAGUAAUGAUGGAGGAUGGAGAGUCAGUGUGGUCCUCCACCCGUCCACUGGAGAAGAUUGUCUCGCGCAGUUUGUCCGUCUCACUCUCACACUGGACCUGGACUCGGAGUACCCGGCGUCUCCUCCCUGCAUCUCCAUCCACCAUCCCAGAGGUCUCUCAGAUGACAAGCUGCUCAGUUUAGAGCACAGUUUACAUUCGGAGGCUGAGGACUGUGUGGGGACAUCUGUGCUUUAUCAGCUCAUUGAGAAAGCCAAAGAGAUCCUGACCGAGAGCAACAUCCCUCACGGCAGUUGUGUGAUCUGUCUGUAUGGCUUUAAGGAAGGCGAGGUGUUCACCAAGACGAGCUGUUAUCAUUAUUUCCACUCUCACUGCCUGGGCCGCUAUGUCACACACUCGCAGGAGGAGCUGCAGGAGCGAGUGAAGGAGCUGAAGCAGGACAAGACCCGUGACGGAGGAGAGUGUGAGGAGCUGUGUGUGGUGUGUCCUGUGUGCAGAGAGCCGCUGGAGUACGACCUGAACACACUGCUCUCAUCUCCACAGCCCAGCUUCUCUCAGCAGGAGGACAGUGCAGUGAGUGCAGAGUUUAAAAGAAAGUGGGCGGAUCUACAGAAGAUUCUGGACCGUCAGAGAGAGAAAGGCGGAGUCAUCGACCCCGAGGCCGAGUCGAACCGCUUCCUUAUUCACAUUAACCACGCUCCCGCUGACUCAUCAGACUCCGCCUGCGCUGAUGCUUCAGAUCCUGACUCCGCCCAGAUACUGCCUCCUCCUCCUCUUCCUCCUGCGUGCUCUAAUCAGAACCCUCGUCCUCCUCGAGCAGAGAACGCAGCAUACCCGUCUUAUCGCCGAGCUUUAUGGGGUUCUCACGGCAGGAGACAGCAGGGAGAGUUUAGAGGGGGCAGGAGAGACAGAGGGAAAGGAGGAGGUGGACGAGGAGGACAUGCGGCUCAUGCGGUUCCUCCUUGUGUGCUGGAGAACCUGACCAAGCUCAGUGUGUCUGUAGCAGAAAGCAGCAGGAACAGUGAGGCACCACAGGACGCCAGUAGAAAUUUAGACAGACAUUUAGUCAAAGUGAUAGAGGAGGCGGUACCGGCUUUAGAAGACGAGAGGGUUGAAACCAGCCUCCAGGACGCACCGGAGUCGAAACACGAACAGCAGGCCGUGUCAAACAGAGCGAGGGAACGAGGAACUGGGCAGGAACGAGACAGGGGAAGGAGGCACGGACCACGAGGGCCACCGUAUAGCCACUGGCACGAGAGAAACUCUCAGUGGGAUAACGGCGGGAACGUCCACCAUCACCACCACAGAGGAGCGAGAGGACAACGGGCGGGCCACCACAGAGGCAACGGGAAGAGCUGGCAUCAGAGAACCGAGAGCGAGUUCAAGAAGGAAGGAGUUCUCUGACAGUGGGGGGAGGGAGGAGCGCACACGCCGACCAGCUUCCCUCCCAGCUCUCCCACCUGUACCUGCAUCACCAACACCUCUGUAAUUACACCAACCUCCACCACUGUAAUAAACUCCACACCUGCACUCUA